AUGACAAGUGCUAAACCCUAUAAAACAUUGCAAAGUGGAACAUUUUAUUUAAAUCGGAAAAGUCCGCUGUGGGUAUUGAAUGAUGAACAGCGCAAGGAUGCUGCAGUGCCUUUGAAAUCACCUCCCAAAGAAAAAUUAAAAUACGAUCACAUUAAACCAAUUUAUGUACGGCGUCAAAAUUCACGCCGUUCAUCAUAUUCGCCGCCAAAUCGCCACUUUCCCUACAAAGCCCAAAAACGUGUAACAUUAUAUACGAGACCAAAUUUACAUUUACCAAGAAAUUAUCUACCACACAACCGACAAAGGAUACCAGAAUUCAAACCCAUGCCACAAUUGCCGAAAUUCGACUCCAUACCCGGUCAGGAGAGUUUUGAUAGACCCGUACCCCUGUUCGUUUACACGGGCAAUAAGGGACGUAUGCUGUUCAAUACAAUGAUGAGUCGAUAUAAAUAUCCCAUGCAGGAGCCAGUACCGGGACAGACCUUACAUCCACCCAAAACUAUGAUGGUUAAAAAUAAGAGUCGCAAAGAGUCACAAUUUACCUCACCCUUUACUCCACAACCACCAGUUCUAAAUGUCUCCAUGAUACCAUUUUAUGCUUUUGAGGCGAUAAAUCCAACCACUACAACCACAGCCAGACCUCCACUAACUCCACAAUACCCCUCUACGAAAUCUUAUAAAAAAUCUAAGAAGUAUACCGCCUUCUUUGCACCCCAGGAUAUUUUAUCCCAACACUCAUUUGAUACCACCACAUCAUUACCGUUAACCCUAGAAAAACCCUUUGCCAAUCAUAGGCACUAUCUGGAAGAAUCACCCACCUCCACAACAUCUUUGCCUCACAAAAAACUCGAAGUCACCUAUAAUGAUGGUGAGGAUAAAUUUCGAAUAACCUAUGAAGAUGAAAAUGCCGAUGUAAAUCUUGAAAGACCAACUGAAUUUACAACAGUGGAACCCACACCAAAAUAUCAACCC